AUGGCAUUCGAGAACAUCAAAGCUAUGACCAAAGUCGAGGCGAACGGCAGCCUUGUCCUACACGAAGAGCUGGAAGACGAGAGCUUAGACUUCUUUAUCGUGACAUCGAGCGUCGCAUCCGUUACGGGUAACCGCAAAGCCAUUCUCGCAAGUCCUGUGAAUUCUGGCGUUGGACCCGAGGUCAUCACCGGUAUUAGGAACCUGGAGCCCGAUGCGCUCCAGCAAUGCGCCUGGGCGAAGGACCGAAUGUUUGCACAUCUUACCACCCAACGUAGUGCGACAAACAUCGAGCCUGACAGUAAGUACUCUUAUCGACGCCAGCUGAGUAAACGACUUACUGCACCCUCAACCUCUUCUGACGAGAUUCGAGCUCUUGUGACGGACGCUUUGGUGCGCGGGCUUGGCGUUCUGCUCCAAAUGGAGAAGAUUGACGAGACAAAAACUUUGUUGGAUCUGGGUAUCGGCACGCUACUCAUAGCAGAGAUUGCCAUUUGGGCGAGGAAAGAGCUCGCUUACCUUCGACGGAGCCAGUAUGAGUGA